CACAAAGAACUUCAGGCCAGCAGUAGCAGACGACAGGACAACACAUGACGUCAUAAAAGGCAUGUCUAGUCUAGGCCCUGCCUCCUCUACCCGUACAUAUGCAAUGUGGACUUGCAAUAAGUAGUGGGUACCAUACCAGUCUGGCCAAAAUGGCGGCUCCCACGUUUGAUUUCGUGAAUGCGAGGCAGACGUUUUCUGAGAGUAUUGAGGAAGCUCGUCAAAAUAAUGAGAGUGACAAGUUGAAGCAACAGUCGACAGCCGUAGAUGGCAGUGAAGCAGAAAAGAAGGUUGCAUUAGACCAAGCAUUCCGCGAUGUGAUGAUGAAUUUAGUGGUCAAGGGGAGUGGCUGCGAACACUUCACCGCCCUCAUCAACCUGUCCAUCGAAGCAGUGCAUCUUGGGAUAUGUUCGCCGGCCACGCCCUUCCUGUUGCUGUCAGACGUGUUUGAGUCGGUGACCAUCAACAUUUGCGACAAGGUCUUCAAGUUUGUGGAGGAGAGAGUAGAUACUUGGAAGUCAAAUGUGCUGUACACAUCUGGCAAGAAUUUCCUUCUCCGAAUGUGCAAUGAUUUGCUUCGUCGACUUUCCAAAUCCCAGAAUACAGUGUUCUGUGGUCGCAUCCAGUUGUUUCUGGCUAGGUUUUUCCCUCUUGACGAGAAAUCAGGAUUGAACCUUAUAAGCCAGUUCCACUUAGACAAUGUCACAUCCUACAACACCGAGCAGCUAGAUGGACCUCUAAAAUCGGAGGAUAAAGAUGAAACGAUGGAGGUUGAGGAAGGAGAGAUGUCUGCCGGUACCUCACCAAUCGACUACCUCCUCUAUCGUAAAUUCUGGGCCUUGCAAGACUACUUCCGCAACCCUACCCAGUGCUACAUCAAGGACAAGUGGAGAGUGUUUCAGAGGAAUACCAAAGCUGUCCUGGGAGCAUUCAGCAGUCUGAAGCUUGAUGACGUCACUGCGUCCAAAUCACAGGACGAGACACCGACAGAAAAACACGUCUUCUUUUCAAAAUACCUCACCAGCGAAAAGUUGUACGACCUUCAACUGAAUGACGCCUCAUUCAGACGCUAUGUGCUGCUACAGUUUCUCAUCUUAUUUCAGUACCUCAACCAGCACGUCAAAUUCAAAGGAGCUCAACAGGUACUGACAGACGACAUGUCUCAGUUCAUCAAGACCACGACGGAGACUGUCUAUGAUCUCCUGAAGGAAACAUCCCCAAGAGGAGAGGAAUUCGCCAAGACUAUCCAGCACAUUCUGAGUCGAGAGGAACAUUGGAACACAUGGAAAAAUGAAGGCUGUCAGAGUUACAUCCGAGAAAAGCCCGAUGCUACACAAGUGCAACCAAAACCACGGGCAAGAAAGCGAAGCCUAGGCGAGGAGCUGAGAAUCAACGCGCCCAACAAGAAGAUCGACAUGGGAAGCCCUGAACUGACUAGACUGUGGAACAUAUGCCCGGACAAUCUUGAAGCCUGCCGAGCAGAGAAUAGGAUCUUUAUACCAACCCUGGAGGACUACUUUGAGGAUGCGAUAGAACAGGCAGACCCAGGAGCCAUGAUAGAACAAGAAUACAAGGUUGUAAACAACAGUAACUUUGCCUGGUGUGCUCUGCGGCUGCUAGCGAGACGUAGCCCCUACUUCUUCCAGACGAUCACCAGCACCCAGGCCCCAGUCAAGUCUGUGCCGUCGUACCUUGAGAUGAUGGUCACCAAAUUGGCCAAGGAUAUGCCGCAAACAUCAAUAGAAGAGUUGAAAACGGAAGCAGUUGUGGAAGAAAACGACGAUUUGUUGAAGGGCGGGGAAGAAGGUCUUGAAAAGUCCAAUUUCCUUUUGGCAGAAGAAGUCGAUGCUGUCGUGGCCCGACUCGGUGAAAACUGGAAAACUCUGGCCGUGGAGCUGAACUUCACCGACGAGGAAAUCGGAAACGUUCAGACGGAGAACCUGGAGGUCAAAGAGCAAGCUAGGGCCAUGAUGGCGGCGUGGCUUGUCAAAGAGGGGGAGCAAGCAACCCGGGAUGAGUUAAGCAAAGCAUUGCUUGAGAGCGGACUCAAUGAUAUCAUAGAGUCGGUGCUGUCCGACAAUGGCAAAACCGACCUUUGAAACUCAGACGAAGCAGUUUUUUUCUAAAUAAGUGAAUUUAACAGACUGAAGUUUGUUUGAGUUGCAAAAGCGGAAAAUAUUGGUAUUGGUUGUGUGCUUAGCAGAAAUCCGCUGAGAACCAGUUGCAAGAAAUAUCAAUUGUAUGGCAUUUUGGCUGGUAACAGGUGUAUGUUUAGCAAAUAUUUAUUAUGCUUAGCAUCUCCAUUGGCCGCAUGGCGGGCCAAAACAAUACAGUUGCUUCUCAAAUUAGUUUCUUCAAUCAGUGUGGGUACACCGGUCAGGAACAGGCUCACGAGAGAUAUUGUUUGUUGGACACAUGUGCAUGCUCACACAAGCUCAAACACCCAAGUGUGUAUUUGCCUGCAAUCGGGGACCCCCUAUUGUCCCUCUUUUGUUUGUACCUUAAAUUUUUAGUAAGACCUCCCAUAUGUUUUGUACACGAUCGAAAAUUAGGGACCUUCGGGAAUUGGGGACUCUAUUGUCCUCUAUUGUUCAAUGUCCUCUACUGAAUGCAGAAACAAAGUUAUGCAGUCGUGUACUUGGACAAACAAAGGGAGAACAACAGAUCCUUUUAGUCCUCGAGCGUUGGGUCUUUUGUUGAAAACGGUCCUAUAUCGUACGGUUAUGUGCUUAGUCUAUGGGAGAGUGUUAUAUUACAGGGACAAAGGAAACAUAAAUUUCCCUCAAAAAAUUGAAACCCUGCCCUCUAUCCACGACAUUUCUGAUGGUUUUUAACCGUUGCCUAAUGUAGGAACGGGGCCCUUAACUACACAGUUGCUGCUGGCUUUCUGUCUCGUGGCAUUUUUUUUAUAGAAUUUCUCUUCAUACAGUAUCUGAUCUGUUUCCAAAUUCCGCACGUAUUAUCUUGGUUAAGAUGAAACUAAACUGAUUACUUUAUUUAUUCAGUUGCAGUUGUAUGGGGCAUGCGGUAUACUACAGUGCGAGUCAUAAAAAAAAACUAU